GUGCUCUUAUUGCUGUGUGAAGUGAUCGAUUGGUCACUUGCUGCUUUUUCACCGGUGUAUUUCCACUCGUCAUCAUUGCUUUCUAGAAUUCUGCCAUUCAUCGUUGGAGGAAUUUUUUGCGCUAUCAUCGUGGCAGCGCUGGUUGUCAUUGACAUGACCACCGAGACGUCAUCAUGUGUGUCAUCACCGACGGACACUGCGGUGAUCUCGGCGUAUGACAUCUCGCUCGUAUUCGCCACCGUAUGUCUCGCGGCACUUGGAAACCUGCUAGCUAGAAAACUGAACAGUUCACUAUACAAACCCGUCCUGUUCCACUUCGUGUCAACACUGCUUCUUCUCGAGAUUCCUCUGGUGGUAGUGAUCUCACUGAAGUAUGCUGGUCAGAGUACUGCAGCCAUUAGGGCAGCAGACGCAACUAAUCUGCUCGUCGCCAUUCAUUGCAGCCUUCAUUCGGUGUAUUUCAUCUACAACCACGAAGAUUAUAGGGCAAGUAAAGAUUGA